AUGAGUACUACCGACCUCGCAGCGCAGCCGGGCCCUGGCUGGGACGAAGCACAAUGCACAGCAGCACUCGCGCAUCUUGAGCAGCUACAGGCACAGCUUGACGAUCUACGCCUGGCGAUACCACGAGUAAUUGAGCCCUUUCAACGCCCUCCUAACCCCGCUACCUUUAAGUUAUACGCCCAAGGCGUUGUCGGCUCUCAAAACGACCUCAAGAAUCUUCACGAAGCUUGGAGGAGCCCCGAAACACAACGCACACUCGAGCAAGUCAAGCUCAGCUUGACCAAGAACGCAGAUCUUGCUGCAAGCGCAUCGAUACCGUCUCACGGAUGGGUGGAAAGAGAGCGGAGGGAAGGAGUGUUAAAAAAGGAGAAUAGGAGUGAAACUGUAGAAGAUUUCGGCAACAUCCUCACAGAUGAAGAUAUUGCGGGAAUCGUUGUGGGUUUCCAGAAGACGUAUACGAACAUCAAGCUGGAGACGCGGGAUGAGAAUUGCAGCAUAUCAACACGAUUCGUCUCUGGCGCUGUUAUGUUGAAAUUCCAUAUCAGCAUCGAACGCGAAGCAAACGGCCGGUACAAACUUAACGCCGAGUGUUUGGGGACCACAGAGCCCUGGCAAGCCAUCACAAGAUGCAUUGCGUCACGGCCACAAGUAAACGAUCUAAAGUAUCUGUUGGAUAUGAUUGCCGCGUACAAAACCGUCAAAGGGACUUCCUGUGCCAAAUGCAAAAAACUGCUCGACAACUCACUAUUGACGCCAACCGCGAGACGAAGCAAGAAGGUUGCUGGUGACUCCCCAGAGUUGGUUUGGGAAGCGCUGCACGAAGGAUGUUUAGGAUAG